AUGAUAUUAGUAGAAACUCAUUCGAAUCCAUCGAGCAAUCCUAUAGCUGGUCCAUCUAUACCACGUUCAUUCUUAACUUCAACAACAACAGCAACGACAAUGGCCAAUCAAUCAGCAACGACACCUUCUGAUCUAAUAUCACCUUUAUACCAUUUUGGUCAUUCACAUCAACAUCAACAUCAAGCUUCAAAUGAAUCUCAACAACAAAUCAAUCAAACUCAUUCAUCAUCAAUCUUAAAAAGGAAUUCAAAUCAAUGUAAAACUCAAAUUAGACAUGCUGAUCAUCUAUUAGACACACCUGGAGUUUGUUUUGCAUCUUGGCUUUCGAAUCAUUCUUCUCAUCUUGGUACAGUUCGAUCCACUUCCAUCAUCAAUCGAAGUUUAUCAUCUUCAUCAUCUUCAACUUCUUCUUCAAUUACUUUAUCUUCAUCAAAACAACUUAAUCAUCAAUCCUCUUCAACUCAAAUUACAACUUCUUCUUCUUCAACUUCUUCGCCAAAUUCAAUUCCAACUCAAGUCGAUAAUACUCCUGGAAAGAAUGUUUCAAAUGAUCAAUCCAGUCUGACUUCUUCACCUUCUCCACCAUCACCUUCGAUCCAAUCUAGCAAGACUACAACUCAAGUUGAUACAAAUCCGACUCCUGCAAAACCAAAAUCAUGGGCUGAUUUACUUCGAAGUGGAACAUCGAAAUCAAAUCAAGCAUCUGACAUAAGCGAUCUCAAGUCAUCAUCAACAUUACUGUCUGACCGUCUUCAAACUAUCAAAAACUCCAAACACGUUCCCUUCAUCGUUCCUAGAGGUUUGAUCAACAACGGCAACAUUUGCUUUGCCAAUGCGAUCUUGCAAGUCUUGGUUUAUUGUGUACCAUUCUAUAACUUAUUAAAACAUCUAAGUUUAUAUACUACACAUGAUUUCAAAUCACAAACUCCUCUAUUAGAUGCUAUGAUCGGUUUUAUAAAUGAAUUCGAAUCAAUCCCUUUAUCUGAACUUGAACCGAUCAAAGAUCCCAAAACUUCAAACGUUUUACGUUAUCAUCUUCCUACAUAUCUCAAAAAAAUCGGCGAACCUUUCAUUGCUGAAUCUGUUUGGAUUGCUACAAAGGUUAAUUCUAGAUUUGAUGCGAUGCGGGGUGGUCAACAAGAAGAUGCACAAAAGUUUUUGUGUUUCUUCUUGGAUACUUUACAUGAAAAGCUAUUGUCCGCCAUCGAACGACACGAUGGACUUAUCCGUUUACGUCAACAGCUUGCUGGUGCUGCUCCGAAUGCCACCAAUAAGGACAAUCUUAUCAAGCCACCUGCCAAUGAGCUCGAUCAACCUAACCCAUCAUCUGAUGGAUGGAUGGAAGUUGGUUCAAAAGGACGUCCUUCAGUUACUAGAUCAACCGACAGUAUUUCAUCACCUCUCACCUCAAUCUUUGGCUUCAACACCCGUUCGAUCCUACAUAAACCUAAACAAAAAGAUUCUGUAACGUUUGAACCUAACAAUAUGUUGCAACUCUCAAUCGAAUCACCAAAUAUCAAAACGAUCGAGGAAGCAUUAUUAAAUUUUUCAACACCUGAAAUCAUAUCUGAUAUGAUGACCAAGAAUGGAAUCAAAUCAUCAGCUACAAAACAAAUAUUUAUUGAAUCAUUUCCACCAGUUUUCAUCUUACAUUCAAAAAGGUUUGGGUAUUUCGAAGGUGAAGUUAAGAAGAAUUCAAAAUCAAUCAAGUUUGGUAAUCUUUUAAAGAUUCCUGCUUCAGUUAGAGGUUCUACUCAAAGGACUGAAGAGGUUUCUUAUAAGCUUUUUGCUGUGGUCUAUCAUCAUGGUUUAAUGGCAUCAGGAGGACAUUAUACCGUUUCGAUUAAACAGCAAGUGACAGAUGAUUGGAUUUAUUUUGAUGAUACGAUGAUCAAAGAUCAUCAUCAAGCUUUUCCAAAUGAAGAUUUUCAUCAAGAUUUAAAAACUCCUUAUGUUUUGUUUUAUACUCGAUGUUCUUAA